AUGGGUCCUGUUCUCAAGAAAUACAAGGCAGUAGCAGUGAAUGCUGAGCCUGGCUGGUUCAAUCUCGAAGAAUCUGUCCGACGCACCGUUCACUGGAUUGACGAAGCCGGAAAAGCAGGCUGCAAAUUCAUCGCGUUCCCUGAGCUGUCUGAUCAAAGAGAAGGGAUUCCCGGUUACCCUUACUGGAUGUGGAAGGUCAACUAUCAGGAGAGUCUGCCAUUGCUCAAGAAGUACCGUGAGAACAGUCUCCCCUCGGACUCGGAUGAGAUGCGGCGCAUCCGUGAAGCUGCGCGCAAGAACAAGAUUUUUGUCUCUCUUGGGUAUUCCGAGGUUGAUCUGGCCAGCCUGUACACCACUCAGGUUAUGAUCAACCCGGCUGGGGAGAUCAUCAACCACCGUCGCAAGAUCAGGGCUACUCACGUCGAGCGUCUUGUCUUUGGUGACGGGACCGGCGAUACCACUGAAUCAGUGAUGGACACUGAGAUUGGGCGAAUCGGACACUUGAACUGCUGGGAAAACAUGAACCCUUUCCUCAAGGCAUAUGCUGCCUCUCUGGGAGAACAGGUCCAUGUCGCUGCCUGGCCUCUGUACCCCGGCAAAGAAACGCUCAAGUAUCUCGACCCAUAUACGAAUGUCGCUGAGGCUAAUGCCGAUCUCGUGACUCCUGCCUAUGCCAUUGAGACUGGAACAUUUACUCUCGCCCCUUGGCAGACCAUCACUACGGAAGGAAUCAAGCUCAACACCCCUCCUGGAAAGGACCUCGAGGAUCCCCACAUUUACAACGGCCACGGUCGUAUCUUCGGACCCGAUGGUCAGAACCUCGUCCCUCACCCGGAUAAGGACUUUCAGGGUCUUCUUUUCGUUGACAUCGACCUUGAUGAAAUCCAUCUGACCAAAUCAUUGGCUGAUUUCGGUGGUCACUAUAUGAGACCGGACUUGAUCCGCCUGCUAGUAGACACCAACCGCAAGGACUUGAUUGUGCACGAGGACCGAGUCAACGGGGGUCUAGUGUACCGGAAAACUGUGGACCGUGUUGGGCUUUCGAUCCCUCUGGACAGCCCACCUGCAGUGGCAGAGUUGACUACAGAGUAG